AUGUUGUCCAGGACUACAGCACCGUCGGCAGUCUCUGCCAAGGCAUUGUCGCGUGUCGCCCUGCCCUCUUGCAGCCGCCUCUCGACUCCCACAACAUCCGCUCCCACACAGACCCGAACGUUCGCGACCGUCCAGGACGGCACCCCCAAGCGCACCUAUGGCGGCCUCAGGGAUCAGGACCGCAUCUUCCAGAACCUCUACGGCCGAUACCCCCCCGAUCUGAAGCACGCCAAGAAGAUGGGAGACUGGCACAAGACCAAGGAGAUUCUGCUCAAGGGCCACGACUGGAUCAUUAGCGAGGUCAAGGCAUCGGGAUUGAGAGGUCGUGGAGGAGCUGGUUUUCCUUCCGGUCUCAAAUGGUCUUUCAUGAACUUCAAGGACUGGGACAAGGACACGAAGCCGCGAUACCUGGUCGUCAACGCCGAUGAGGGUGAGCCUGGAACUUGCAAGGACCGAGAGAUCAUGCGAAAGGACCCCCACAAGCUCCUCGAGGGCUGUUUGGUUGCUGGUCGUGCCAUGAACGCCACUGCUGCCUAUAUUUACAUUCGUGGCGAGUUUAUUCACGAGGCAGCCGUCCUCCAGCACGCCAUCAACGAGGCUUAUGCCGACGGUCUCAUUGGCAAGAACGCCUGCAACUCCGGAUACGACUUUGAUAUCUACCUCCACCGUGGAGCUGGUGCCUACGUUUGUGGUGAGGAGACUUCUCUUAUCGAGUCCCUCGAGGGCAAGCCCGGCAAGCCCCGCCUCAAGCCCCCAUUCCCUGCCGCCGUCGGUGUCUUUGGUUGCCCGUCUACUGUUGCCAACGUCGAGACUAUUGCCGUUGCCCCUACCAUUUGCAGAAGAGGAGGUGACUGGUUCGCUGGCUUCGGCCGUGAGCGCAACCAGGGUACCAAGCUCUUCUGUAUCUCUGGACACGUCAACAACCCCGCUACCGUUGAGGAGGAGAUGAGCAUUCCUCUGCGCGAGCUCAUCGAGAAGCACUGUGGUGGUGUCCGUGGUGGCUGGGACAACCUGCUCGCCAUCAUUCCCGGUGGUUCUUCCACUCCCAUUCUGCCCAAGAGCAUCUGCGACGAUCAAUUGAUGGACUUUGAUGCCCUCAAGGACAGCCAGUCUGGUCUCGGAACUGCUGCCGUCAUUGUCAUGGACAAGAGCGCCGAUGUUGUCCGUGCCAUCUCCCGGUUAAGUCACUUUUACAGACACGAGUCUUGCGGUCAAUGUACCCCUUGCCGUGAGGGUAGCAAGUGGACUGAGCAGAUUAUGCAGAGAUUUGAGAAGGGACAGGGUCGUGAGCGGGAGAUUGACAUGCUUCAGGAGCUUACCAAACAAGUCGAGGGUCACACAAUUUGCGCUCUUGGCGAGGCUUUCGCAUGGCCCAUUCAGGGUCUCAUCCGACACUUCAGACCCGAACUGGAGGCACGGAUGCAGAAGUUUGCAGCUGAGAACGGUGGCUCAGCACUGGCUGGUGGAUGGAAGGCCGACACCAGGGCGCAGGGUAAAUUGGUUGCCCCUGGACAAUAG